CUGCCAUACGCCUCAUCAGCAUCAUUGCAGCAAGCAGAAACACACAGUGCACCGAUAAUUCGUGCUGUAGCUAGUGUUUAGCUUGCCUGGCAGGUGCCCAAUCGCGAGCUCGAUCGAGAUGAAGGGUGAAAUGGCAGCCGCGGCCUUGGUGCCCCUCGCCGUCACGUUCCUCUUCUCCCUGUCAUCGGCGGCGUCCCCCGUCCAGUGGGGGAAGUUGGACCCGCACUUCUACGACCACUCGUGCCCGCAGGCGCAGCUGAUCGUGGCGUCCAUCGUGGGGAAGGCGCACUACCAGGACCCCCGGAUGGCCGCUUCCCUCCUCCGCCUCCACUUCCACGACUGCUUCGUCAAGGGCUGCGACGCGUCGCUCCUGCUGGAUAGCAGCGGGUCCAUCGUGAGCGAGAAACGGUCCAACCCCAACAGGGACUCCGCCAGGGGCUUCGAGGUCAUCGACGAGAUCAAGGCCGCGCUCGAGGCGGCCUGCCCCGGCACCGUCUCCUGCGCUGACAUCCUCGCCCUCGCCGCCCGCGACUCCACCGUCAUGACUGGCGGGCCCGGGUGGAUGGUGCCUCUGGGGCGGAGGGACGCGCGCGGCGCCAGCGUGCAGGGCUCCAACAACGACAUCCCGGCACCCAACAACACCCUCCCCACCAUCAUCACCAAGUUCAAGCUCCAGGGCCUCGACAUCGUCGACCUCGUCGCACUCCUCGGUAGCCACACCAUCGGCGACUCCCGGUGCACGAGCUUCCGCCAACGCCUCUACAACCAGACGGGCAACGGCCUCCCGGACUUGACCCUGGACGUGUCCUACGCGGCGGCGCUGCGCCCGCGCUGCCCGCGCUCGGGGGGCGACCAGAACCUCUUCUUCCUCGACCCCGUCACGCCCUUCAAGUUCGACAACCAGUACUACAAGAACAUCCUCGCCUACCGCGGCCUGCUUGCCUCCGAUGAGGUGCUCCUCACGGGCAGCCCCGCCACCGGCGACCUCGUCAAGCUCUACGCCGCCAACCAGGACAUCUUCUUCCAGCACUUCGCGCAGUCCAUGGUCAAGAUGGGCAACAUCUCGCCGCUCACCGGGGCUGACGGCGAGAUCAGGAAGCACUGCAGGAGGGUCAACCACAACUGAUCGCGGUUUAAUUUGGUUCAGCGGCAGUUGGGAAAUUUAAUUGGCCGAGGGCUUCGAUUUGCUUGUUUCUCCAGGUUUGGCUGGUUGAUUUGUUGGUUCAGUGCUCUCAUUAGCUUGUUCAGAUUUCUCAUUUGUUCUCUUCAACUGUGUAUGAACUUUCCUUGUCCAUGUGUUGUGUAUUUCCUUGAUGGAUUUGUUGUUCUUGUUAGAGGAAUCCGUUUCGAUUGUACGUUGGACUUGAGGUACAUUAAUGUUGGUUAUAUCAGGUUCCAGCCAAGAAAAUUUGGUGAAUAAAUGUUUAGUCAUGUCGUUC